AUGUCUGCGUCGUUGCUAUCGAGGACAUCGAGGCAGCCUCUGAUGAGGGAAGGCAUUGUGCUGCCAUUCCUCUAUCGGACGAAAACGAUAUUGAGAGCCUAUGCCGAUAAGAGCGAGGACACCGCCGCAUAUGUUCCAACACAUCCAAAGCUCGAGCAGGAAAGAUCCACAGACGCAUCAUCGCCACAGAGACGGCGGCAGAAUGCAGAAGAGAGGCCUGGCAGACUAAGAGAAAGCCGUUCACCACGAUCAAGGGCAUCAGGGCGAACACGAACGAAUGCGGAUACCUCAGCAAGAUCAAGAGACGAUGGCGAUGCGCCUGGAAGACGACAAGCGUCUACUCGUGAUCGCGAACGAUUACCAGACGUUCCAUUUGAAGGGCAUAUCCCUUCCAACGACCCAAACGUUCGCGUGCAGGGAACGACCAUUACCCCAAAAGAGCUCGCCAUCUUCGAGACGUUGUUCCGCUCCAAACAAGUGAAGCCUGCAGAUAGCAAGAAGGCAGGUGCGCAGCAACAGAAAGCGGCCAAUAUGGCCAAGGUAGUGCCCAACUUUCCAGCGCCACUGCGUGCUUUGGCAGAUGAGGCAAGGGUGCUGCAUGCGAAUGCGACUUCUGAAGAUCAAGAUGCUGGCGACAUUAGCAGUCGUAGUCUGCGAACCUCAGAAGCCGCCGAGAAGUUCUUCGCCAGAAUCAAAGCUCGCAUGGACAAGGCGUCGACUGACGUCGCACUUUGGCAGAUCAUGACAGAUGAAGUGUUCAACAACAUUAAGGCACUGAAGCUGGAUGAUCCUUGCGCUCGUGCAUCCAUGAAACCUGAGGAUGUAGAAGGUUUGACACGCUCUCUCCCAAGCAUACUGCUGCACUUCAUGAGUCUCAUGCAGAGCAAGUUACCUGGCUCUUCAUAUGGCCUCGUCCUGCUGCCCACUCUGAAGAAGCUAGGACCGUCAGCCUUUGCUCUCGGUGCAACGACAGAUCUGUACAACGAGCACAUGCAGAUUAUAUACAAGCAGUACUCCGAUCUCGACAGCAUAGCAAGCACAAUGGCCGAAAUGGACAAGGAAGUCUACGAGUUCAACAGUGGGACUUCCAAAUUGCUCCAAUCGAUUUUUCAACGGGAGAGAGCUGCCACUAGUGGCCGUAUGGGACCCGGUAUGCAAGCCCUCUGGACUACAGACCGCAAGACGAGAGCACUGGAGAAGCUGCGGCGCUGGGACAAGACCGUCCAGGAGCAACUGCGAGCUGCGGCAGUCAGGAAAGCAAGGGAGAAGGAAUUCCAGUCUGAGGCAGACGCCGAGGAUGAACGCGAGCUGGAAGCAUACGGUGGUAGUCAUACGUACGUUGCGACUGCGUAG